UGUGUUUCAAAUAGUUCUGAGGGAUGACAAUGGGAUGCUGCUGCACAUUCAUUCUGCUUUAUUCUCUGCACCUUCAAAGUAUAGCCUCCCAUGGCAUUCAUAUACUACAAGGCUCACAAUUGCCUUAUCAUGGAGAUGAAGUUGGUUUGCUCUCAGAAAGUCUUCUUCAAUUUGGUUCCAUGCUCAACAAAGAAGUAAACUACACAAAGGAAAGUAUUACGAAUAUUUUUGAGCAGCUGGAUAUUUUCAACAUGUCUCUGGCAGAAAUGUCCAGGAAGGUGAUCCAGAUUGCUACAGCUGGAGAGAAUCUUACCAUAAAAGCAAAAAGCCACAUUAGCAAUGACACUAUGCCCCAGCUUGUUGAUGAGUUGAGCGAAGAGAUUGCCAGAGUGCAGCUACAUGGAGCAUCUUUGGAGGACAAGAUCAAGCCUUUGGAAAGAAGAAUGCGAAAAGCUGUGAAUAUGAGAAAAAAGAGUAAUUCCUUGUCCAGCACUGCUGAGAUUUUGUCCUUCCUUGAAAGGCAAAAUAUCCGAAUAGAGGCACUCAUGGCAGUUGUGGACAUCCAUCAAAAGCGGAUCAAUACCCAGGAAGCAAAAAUUCAAAGAUUAUUGAGGAAGACUGGACUAAGAAAAAAGAAAAGUAAAGAAAAGAAUAAUGAAAGGGCUAGAGAAAAAACUGUAGCUAUACUGUAGUUCCAUUAUAUACCCAUCAACUAUUAUGGUUGGGGAGUUUGGUUGAGACUGGCAAACUGCUUAUCCAGAUCUAUGACCAACAUUCAGCUGUUCUGUUACUUAACAUGAAUAAAGUGCAAUGAAGUCCCGUUACAUUCAAGAAAAUUGUUGUUUAUUUUGCUUACAGGAAAUCCUGCAAAACAGUCAGCAAACUGACAGCUGCAUUUGCCUUUUUUCAUGGACUUUCCUGCUUGUCUCUCCAUGAAAAUAUUUUUUUAUUUAUACAGUAGAUAUCAAUCACCAUUUGUUUAUCCUAGUUUUAAAUAUGCACUGAUUUACACAUGUUCCUUUCACAUGCUUAAACAAGUACCUGAUUAAUGCCCCCAUAUAUUCUCUCCUUGCCCACCUGUUGUCUGCACUCCUCUUUAAAUCUCUGUUAUGCUUCACAAUUGCUUAUUAUUACUGCUGUACAUUUAAGAAUGGAGAAUUUUGACAUGUGGUUAUGAAACUGCUGUAGAGCAGACCUACUAUAUUACUAUAUAGUUGCUGAUUUCAGCUAGAAGAAUAGCAAGAACUUUAUACUGUACUGCACAUAAAAAUAUAUAUGUAUCAGUUGUACUUGUGUUCAUUUCUGUGACUUAAAAUGUUAUGUAUGGGACAGACUUGCAACAUGGUAAGUAGCUUAGAUUCUUCUAUAUUCAAGGUACCAGGAAUAUUUUGUUUGUUAUAUUGUUACAGUCUAGAAUUCAAAUAAAAGGGUUUGGAGAGUUCUAGAAAAUAAAA